GACAGUUCAUUAUAUAAAAAAUAUCGAGUCCAUUGUUUUAGAAAAUCGAUUUCAAAAUGAAAUUUCAUAGGUCUUAGUUUUGUAAUAAGGUUUAUUAAUAAGUCCUCUCUUUUAAUACGACACGUUUUUUGAAAGUGGUUUUUUUGGUUUCGAUGGUGGCUGGAGAAACUGGAUUAUUAUAAUGAAACAUGUCUUGCAAUGGCUCCGUAUACAUCGGAACAAAACGAAAGUGUCUUGUAGUUGACCGUGUGUAAACCUUAGAAUAAUUUAGUCUAUUUAAAGUAUUUGCGAUGGCGCAAACAGUAAGACGUCCCAUCGAAGCAAGGUAUCCAUCCUGCUAUGUACCAAGCAGAAUACAAGAAAGAAGAGCAAAAGCAAGGGCGCUCAGAUUGGAACAACAACGUAAACCGGAAAAGCCUGAAGAUUUUGUAUGCUACUCAGAUAGUGAUAGUGAAGAAGAAACCCCAACUGAGCAACAUAAAACACUUUGCACAUCAUAUAACUUUGUUGACUAUGUGCGUUCUAGAGAAAUACAAGCUCCUGAGCCUCGAUCGGUGGAUCAGUCGUAUGCUACGCGCCAUAUGCUCACGCACGACAUGUUGCGUGAGACGCCAGUCAACCUUGGCACAGUGAACAAAGUGUUCUGCUCACAGUGGUUAUCCGAUAGACAGAUUGUGUUCGGGACAAAGUGCAAUAAAUUGCUUGUGUAUGAUGUUCGGUCUCGUUCACUUGACGCCAUUCCCACGCUCCGUCCUCGCACUCCUUGGCCCGGCGCUGAAUAUCAAACUGGCAUACACGCGCUGCAAAUAAACCCGUCUAGAACACUGUUAGCUACUGGUGCGCGUAACUCAUGUGAACUGGCCAUCUAUCGGUUACCCACUUUGGAUCCUGUGUGUGUCGGAGAGGCUCAUAAAGACUGGAUCCUUGACAUGUGUUGGUUAGAUGAUGAGUUCUUAGUGACAGGGUCUCGGGAUUCCAAACUUGCAUUGUGGCGAGCACCUGAUACACCGAUUACUCAAGCUACCCCUCAACACAAUUAUAUAUCACCAGUUGUUACUAGGGAAUGUAAGGCUGGUCAGAAGGUCCGGGCGCUAACCUUCAACCGUCGUUGGCGCGAGAUCGCCGCGCUGACCCUCAACGGGUACAUCCAUGUGUUCAAUGCAGCGACCUUCAGACAAACCCUUUCACGAAAGUUACCUUCUUGUCAGGACCUCGUUUGCCUCGCCACACAGGAAAGCGGUAUAUACGCGAUCGGUUGUAAGUCGUACACGUUACUUCUGGAUUGCCGGACGCUACAGUCUGUUAAGAAGAUAACGUCUCGUUACAACGGUUGUGGGAUAAGAUCGGCGACGUUCCGUGGUGACCUACUCACUAUUGGUACUGGACUCGGUCUUCUCAUGUUCUACGACCUAAGAGCCGGCAAAUACCUCGAGAGCAAUAUACAUUCAACAAAAACUGUAGCACUAAGGGCUUCCAGAGGGUAUGUGUUCCCGGACGAAGGAGUGGACGGAUACCAACAAGUGAAAUAUGUACCGGCCAUUUAUACACAUUGCUAUGACGACAGUGGGACGAGAAUAUUCACAGCCGGUGGGCCUUUACCUGCCCCUCUUAUAGGGAACUACGCUGGCAUAUGGCAAUAAAAUUAUAGUAUAAACAAAUAUUGUUGAAUGGGACUGAUAAUCUUACUAAUAAAUACUAGGCCAAAAUACAGUACCAGGCGUUACUAUAAAACUAUAUGAACGCUUGGAUCACGGGAAGCAAUAUAUUUUUGGUGGGGACACCAAAUUGUGUGUACCUUUUAUAAAAUUGCAUACUUAGCUGGUACAGCAAUUCAAAGUUGCAACGAAUUGACACAAAUUUAAUAUGUAAUCUUUAAAACUUCCUCUUAUAAUGUUGUUUUUCAUAACCAAUUGAGACCACAUCAAAAAUAAUUUGACCAUACCAUGAGUUACUUACAAUACAUGUAUGUAUAAAUUGAAACUGUGUCAGAGUUAAGAAUAAGUGGCAAACAGGAUUUUUUAAAAUUAUUAAUCUCUAAGCCAAAGCUUUGCCUAAAAACAGGAUUUUUCAAAUUUUUGUUCUUGUAAUUACUUUCAACAAGAUAUUGUAGUGUAUAUUAACCAGA